AGUACCACGAAUAGUGCACGAAGCAAUCCGGAAGCAUCGUCUGCAACAUACAGUCAGUGGAAUGUGCCUGAAUACCAACAUGCUCAACCGGCAAAUCCAAGCGGCUAUUCGUAUUUCGAGAAUCCGCUACAAACAAGUGCUUCCAGACAAGCUAGUUUUGUCUCUCAGAAUCCUGCAAAUUAUCAAGCACUACGUCCAGCUCUGUGGCCAGUUAACAAUCCUGUGCCAUUUCCAUUUGCACUACGGGAAUACGCGACCAAUUAUCUUCCAGGAUCUUACGAUUCACAGGCAAUUCAGGAUUAUCCAAAAAGUGAAACAGAAAGCAGUGCUCAUCCAAAAAAAGCAAAUGCCCUGCAGUUCCCUGAACAAGAUCCGCAAGUUCACAGCUCCGUUCCUGAUGAUCCCGUGCAGUCAAACAGUUUGUUGAGGACAACGCUGCAAAGGCCACUAGAAGCUCAAUCACCACAGUCAAAGGUGCAGAGAAAUUUGCUUGAUUCAGCAGCAUUCGCAGCAUGGAAAAAACUCACAUCUGCAAGUUUUAACAAAGAAGUUUCUGACAGUCAAAGAGAACAGCCGAAUUACUGGCCAGCGGAUGCCACGCAGGUCCAAGACACAUGGCGUUAUUCACCAGCUCAGCAGCCUGGUUCUCGUGGCUGUAUUUCGCCGGAAUGGACACCAGAAACAGCGCGAUAUCUGGAUAGUCUGCUGUCAGCGAACUGGGAAGAAACAGAUGACAGUUCAGGAUCUGGUCGUCUGCCGGGAUUAUCGGUAGAGCCUUUACUCUUCACCUUCAACAACUGGCCAUUUUUAACAGUAGUAGAUUCUAUCCGUUUCCUUUCAUCAAGUGCUUUCCAGUGUGCAAAAGAGACCCUAUGCAUUGUCUGGGAACUGCCAGAUGCGGCGAGGAAAGUCCUCAACGAGCAGUAA